CAGCAAUUCAAGUCCUGAAUGUUUUGAACGAUUCAUACUUUGCGAACAAUAGUUGUACUUGUCACAAUGCUUCGCGGCUCUAUCCUGCUCCUAGCUAUUGGAUUUGCGGUACGAGGCGCUGCUCAAUGUCAGUCAUAUGGGUAUGAUUUUGUCGACGGCGGUAGCUACUUUCAAAACAUAUCAUCUAGCGAUGAUUUCACUUUCAUCAGCUACUUCGAAGGUUGUGAGGGAGAAGGGUCAAUCACUCCUAUUCUCGUAGAUCCAAACGAGAAUGAGUACUUUUGCUCUGAUAUUGCUACAAGCCCCGACGAUGCUUUAUUCACCUCGACAUGCCCCAUAACAAAGUCCGAAAUGUUUUCUGGCACCUGGUACCUUGUAAUCGAGGGUCCUGACUUUGCAUAUACAAGAACUUUCUACCUCACGGUAGAUGUUCCGACGACAAUCAUAGCCACUCCGACAGACGUUUUUGGCUAUACUAUCACCCCCAAUGCUACCACUGUCACGUCAAAUAUAACUGAGACGGAUUCAACAACCUUACCAGUCAGCACAACGACCGUACCGUGUCAAACAUACAUCAAGUUAACAACGACAACGCCAAAGAAGGUUACAGUAUAUUCCACCAAAACAAUAACAAGGACUCGGACCGACGGUAUUUGGACAACAUCGACUUCCACCGUCAUCUAUAGCACUGCAAGCUGCACUCUGCCGCCUUACCCGCCCAAGCAUGACCAAAAACUCAUUGGAAGGUUUACUCCCAAGAACUCUCCAACUAGCCGCGGCAAGCAACAAUAUCACCCGCGUAGGACCCCUGAUAGACAUGCAGCCAGAAGGUUUCCUCUAGUAGAGCGAAGCCCAGACAUGGCUACGACGACGGUAACUGAGGCUACAUACACCUUUAACAGUACGACGACUGUGAUACUUCCAACUCCCACUGUCACUGAGAUUGAUGUCGUUACCACCACAAACACGAUAACACCCGCACCAUGUACUGUUUGUAAGGGUAUUACGAUUCAAAAGAGUACGAUUACGGCACCAACUCCAACACGGACACGGACUACGAGGACUUGGGUGACCGUCUGGACUACCAAAACGAUCAGCAUUGUACGAACGGAGACGAGUGUAGUGACGCCAACUGGAACGGCGGCAGCGUGUACGAAACGAGGAGGGCAUAUGUAAAACAUCCAGGUCGGGGGAACUGUCUACGAUUUACAAAAUGAUGAUCAAAUGAGUGAAGGCAAAGCGCAGAGGAGACGUAAAGAAUUCCUCAUGACUAAUUAAAGAUCCAUCCCUUGCUCGCUGGUAACCAUGUUUUCUCCCCCCGCUGUGCCUCGCCAGCUAUGAUCUAAAUUCGAACCAGAAUUAGGCAGAGAUCAGAGGCAAAGCUCUCGGAGUUCUUUUUUCUUUUUCUUCUUCAAAUUAUGCCCUACAUAGAGCAAGAGUGAUUAAUAGUUAGCAUCUCGAAGUUCUCCACUGAUCGAAGCGAACUGCCUUCUGGCCCCGGCAUCGCGACUCGAUAAUGCAUGCUGAGGAUCAGUAAAUCUGCUCUCAGAAAGGACGGCGAGCGACUUAGCUAAUAUUCAUUCUUAUCUAAUCUUACAUAUUCAC